AUGGACAGGCCCAAGCAGGACGACAACGUCACGAUCGAGUCCAUCGAGCUGCCGCCAACGUCCUCGCAUUCGCGGCAGCCGAUCAACCACGAAAAGCCUGUCGAAGCCCCGGUUGCGGCAUCAUGGCCCAAAGAACCCGUCCCCCUGGUCCCUGACACCAAAGACCAGAUGUUCAUGUCGGUGUACGACGGCAUCCUGCUGGCCGUGCCCCUGGUGCUCAUUGCCAAAAUCGGGCUGGUCAUUGGGGCGUGGAAGCUCGACCGCCAGCACCGUGGCGACGAGAUUGACCUGGUCAGCAAGCUGACCACUUUCUUGAUUGAAUUCAACGGCCAGAUGACGACGGCCUUUACCAUCGUCUUCGUCACCGUCAUCUCGACCCUGGUGCGGCGAUACGCGCUGUGGAAGGCGCAGACGGGAGCCCGCGUCUCGGACCUCGAGCAGCUCCAAGGCAGCAUCAGUCUGCCCAGCACGCUCAAGCUGAUCUGGUCGCUGCGCGCCUUCACUACCAUGAGUGCCGCCCUGGUCGCUAUCUGGUCCUUUUACUACCUUGGCAGCCAGGCCAGCAAGCUGGAAUUCCAGAGGGUCGACUCGCGCCCGUACCACAAAAUGGUCGGGUAUACUGCCAGCGCGGGGCCGCUGUCAGGCUUCAGUUCUUCCUACGACAAUACCUACCUCAGCUUCAGCAUCGAUGAACUCAAUGCCGCCCUGAUUUCCACGGUGAGCUUCACGAAACCAGACUACGAUGCGGGCACAGCGGUCCCCAAGGGCACCGACUCGAUCGGCUCGGCCAUUCUCCCGGACCUCAAUGCCAUCUUGGAUCAAGGCUGGUGGGUCGACAAUGUUGGAUACGUGCCUCCUCAUCCCGGCCGCCAUGGUUGGGUCAACGUUGCCCAUCAAUCGCAACUCAAGGGGUCCGACGACUACACGGCCUUCCUCGGCCGCGGCACCUAUUUCGUGCUAGCCAGUGAUGCCUACGGCCCGAUGUCCGUUCAGGUCAACAAUUUCCUGGGCGACUUUACGCUGCCGACCAGCUAUUUGGCCGUCAGCUGCGGCCGUGCGACCACCCUGCCGUACGACUCGUUCCCCAAGGGCACCUACAUGAACCAGUCGGUGAGCUUCAACAUGACCCAGGUGCGAUCGGACGCCCCCCAAGAUGUCGACGGCCACCCGCUGCGCGAGUUCAACCUGUCGACGCGCUGGAUCCCUUACAACGAUCAAAACAUCUUCUCGUACGGCAGCUCCCGGCAGACAUGCAACAUAACCUCGGUCAAGGUGGAGAUGAAGGUGCACUGCGGCGUGACGGGCUGCUUCCCGAACAAGAUGCGGUACGCGAAGAACAUGCCGCGCCGGAACGCCACGUCGUUCAGCACCCCCUUCGACGACGACGCCUUCGCCGCGCGUUUCUUCAGCGCCCUCCUCCUCUCGCGCGGGCCGCAGCUGAACGUCUCGGCGCUCACCGACGCCGGCGAGACUCUAACGCUCGGCCUGCAGAAUUUCAUGGGCGCCGCCCCGGGCACACUGGGCGACGUGCCCACCAACUACGACGGCUUCCUGGCCGCGGAGACGCUGCGCGCCCUCGAUCUGCCACUGACGCAGUACUUCAACACAUACUACAUGCUGUCACAGGAGGUGACGGGGGCGCCGCCUACUUAUUCCGACGACGACGGGCAGUUCCAGGCGGUGCACAUCCACGGCGCACUGUACGACCCGCACUACGCGAUCCUGUGGGGGUGGAUCGCCGUAGACUUUGUGUCGUGCAUCAUCCUGUUGAUUGCCGCAGUCAUCGCGUGCUGGCUGCGUCUGCACACCCUCGCUCCGGACAUCUUCGGCUACGUGUCCAGCCUGACUCGCGACAAUCCGCACGUCGCCCUGCCCGACAACGGCACGACACUGACCGGCCUGCAGCGUGCUCGCCUACUGCGCAACGUCAAGGUCAAGAUCGGCGACGUGUCCUCGGCCGAUGAGCCGACCGGCCGUGUCGGCCUGGCCCAGGUCCAUACCGCCAGUGGGAGACCGGUCGAGAACCUCAAGCCCACGGUUACUUAUGUGUGA